AUGGAAACUGAUACUGGUGACCUUUGGCAGAAAGCAGAAAAGCUCAGGGCAGACGACUUUCAUGCAGGAAACCCAAAAAUUCUGCAUCGGGCUCUCCAGAACCACAUCGAGAUUCUUCAGGGACAAUCCGACCCAGCCGGAGCAUCGUAUGCCGCAACAGUGGUCGACCUACUAGACAUCAGUCGCAUUAAAUUCGAUACAUCCAUCGACCCUGAUACGAGCAUCCAGGAAAUUCGCGAGGCGUACACAGGAUUCGAGAGUUUACAAAGACUUGCUUUGGGUAUAUUGAAAUCGUCCCCCUCCAGCGUUGAUUUCGAGAAAGCAAUUCGCUAUUGUAAUCUAUCGCUGGAUAUGCCGGACAGGAGUUCAGAGGAUAUGGCCACAUCCCACCGAAUCCUUGGUCACACAUACCUUACCAGAUUUCGAGCAGAAAACAACAUGAAGGACCUUGAUGAAGCAAGGAAGGCAUAUGAUGAAGCCUUAACUCUCUGUCCGGAGACGUCCUCAAGCUAUCACCUUUUUCUCGCUGCUUCUGCCCAUGUGCAUUUGGUGAACUUCAAUUUCACUGGCGCGACACAGGACCAACACUCUGCUAUUCAUAGAUUUCGUCGUGCAUUGGGUUGUAUUCCCUCAGACCAUCCAUCUCGCCCCCGACUUCUCAUGCACACCGGUUGUGCAAUUGCCACUCGAUUCGGGCAAUUAGGACAGCAGGGUGACUUGCAAGACGCCAUGAAAUUGCUUGACGAAGCCCGCAACACAUACGAUGACCAUCAUCCUGACAAACCAUAUUGCCUCAGUGCAUACGCGACUGCACUUCAAGCACGCUAUCUAUUCUCAAGGAAACUCGACGAUCUCGACAAUGCGCUGGCAAUUCACCGGAGUAUCAUAGAUAGGGUGCCAGAACUGAGCGAUAAACAUGUUGGGUUUUUAUCGGGUCUAUCGUUGACUUUACACGCGGUGGCGGACACAAGCGAGGGUAUCCUUAGGCGGAAUUAUCUUCAGGAGGGUGUGGAUAAUGCCCAGAAAGCAGUUGAGUUGGCAGAUACAAAAAAUCCUCGCCGGCCGUUCCUCCUCGGAGAAGCUGCUCAUCGAUUGUACAAGCUUUUCAAAGUCACCGGUGUGGAGGAGCACACAGGCAUACUCGUGUACUCCCCCAUAUGA